AUGGCCGAAUCAACAAUUGUUCUUCGAAGUCCCGUAAAACCUGUAACAACAUCAGUGCGAUGUUCAUCACCAAACUCAUCUUUAAAUUCACCUACACGUAAUAGUACUGUUAUUAUUCUCAAAGAUAAUAAUAAUAAUGAUCAACAACAACAAUCAGCAUCGACACUUAAAACUUCAGCAAAUAAUCAUUUAUCAUUCCCAUCUCUGAAAUCAGUUCAAUCUAAACUCUAUUACGCCGGUUAUACUGGUUUAUAUAAUUUGGGUAACACAUGUUACGUCAAUUGUGUACUCCAGUUACUUAGCCAUGUACCACAAUUUUGUGAUGCUAUCUGUUCGAUGAGCUUUGAAAGUCUCGGCUUAGAACAACCGUCUGACGUCCCAAUGGUUGCUUCAUCACAUAAUCCAACACGCUUGAAAGGUGGCGGUCGUGGUUUACUGAAAGCACUUGAAGCUCAACCACGUCGAGUACCAUGUUAUCUUGCAUAUGAAUUACAUGGAACAUUUAAUAUAAUUUGGUCGGGUAAAUGUAUGGUUUAUUCACCAUUAAAUAUGGUCGCUGCUGUCCGACGUUUAUUACCAAGUUUUGAACCAUGUGCAAUGGAAGAUGCGCAGGAAUUUCUCGAAGCACUACUGGCUGCAGUUACCGAUGAAAUAAAAGCAAACAAAUUAGCUGAUUCAAAUAUCAUAGAAGAUCUAUUGAGUUUUUCUUCGGAAAGUCAGAUACUAUGUGAGCAAUGCCAUCGUUUGUCAGUCACAAAAACAGAUGAAACAUUUAUUACAUUAACAUUCUCAGAAAAAAUGCUGUGUGAUACACGGGGAUCUAGUCGUCGCCAUUCGUGUCAUCUUACAGAAAUGCUUGCUCAUUUUUAUCAAUGGGAAGCUUUAUCGACACCAUUUCAUUGUUCAAAUUGCACUGUUCGAAGUCCAUCAAAAGAAGGUACAAAAGCACAAAAACGUCUAAUAAUUUCCAAACUUCCACAAGUAUUACAUGUUGUUUUACGUCGUUUCCGCUCAUUACCACAGACACCUUUACGAAGACCGACAUCGCGUCAAGCACGGCAACUAUCACAUAAAAUAACUUUACAUGUUAACUUCGAUGAAUAUCUUGAUAUGGCACCAUAUUGUACACAAUCAACAUUGAGCGCGUUGUCAUCAAUGUGCUCAAAACAAAAUGGCAAUACAAUGAAUGAAUGUCUGUAUCGUCUACGUGGAGUAAUUGUACAUUAUGGGAAAAGUAUCAAUACCGGACAUUUUGUCGCUUUCGUUUAUAAUGAUAUUGUUGGUGAAUGGCUUCGUUGUGAUGAUCAUAUUAUUGAACACACAACAUUUGAAUCUGUUAAAACAUCGGACGCUUAUAUUCUUGUGUAUAGUCGAUGUAUGUCGAAUGUAGUUUCAUCAACUAUUCUAACGAAUCCAUCAGUUACAUCGAUAACAUGUCAAUUGAAUAAACGAAAACGAGCUGUUUCAGUCGAUAAUUUAAAUGAGCAAAAAGAUGAUUUAAUACUAUCGGAAAAUAGUAAUGAAAUCCAUAUAAAACAAAAUAAAUUAGAUGAACACUCUAGUGCAACAGAUCGUUUGAAACUUUUCUGUCUUGAUUUGGACCCAUUAGCAAGUGGACUUCGUCGUCGAGCACAGUCACUUAAUUGUGCUAUUCGCAGUAGUCUACCUUCGAUUGAUAAUAGAUUGGAAAGUAUUUCGACAUUGCCUAUAGCUAAACGUCGACGUGCCGAACUAAUCAAUAAUCUUUCCUUAUCCGAAACUGAUUCAUUACACCAUUUAAUGUCACGGUCUGCACUAGUAUCACAGCCAGUAAUUCAAAUAAGAAAAAAAAAAUCAUCCACAAAACUAAGCACUGAUUCAGUAACAAUUUCAGAGAAAACAAAAAAAUCUAUAAGAAGGCGUCGACGAGCUGAUCCUUAUACACGUAAAAGACGAAUUAGAAAAACAUCUAAUAUAAAAAAUGAACCGAAAAUUGAUGUAUCGAAUCUCGUAGCUGUUUCAUCAACAACUGAACAAACAUUAUCAUCAGAAUCUCUUUUAUCGUCUGGACGCUCACCUCUCUCUUUCACUUAUGACAGUUCCAAUGAUUCCAAUACACCAGUCACUAAACGCAUUGGUCGUAUACGAAUUCAACGAUUUAUCAACGGGCCAACAACACCCAUGAAUUCCACUGUACGUUUAAUAACAUCCGGUGAAACCAAUACUCGUUUAUCUUUGCCGUCACAACCAACUAUACAAUCAUCAGCCUUUUUAAAUAAUUUAAUGACUGCACGACGUUCCAAUUCGCUCAAUAAUUCUACAAGCAAUCCGUCUAAUUGUUAA